CUAUUUAUUUGAUCUUGUUCAUCAGCUACUACUGCUAUUCGUCUGCUUGCUAGAACAGGCUAUCAGUUCGUUCUGCUUAUUUGUGCGCUCCAUUGCUAGCCCAAUCAGUAAACCGAGUCUAUACGAUAUCACGUGAACUGAGUGUAUUUGCUCCUUUUGCUAGAUAGUGAAAAAGCUACAGAAUAUCAUAACGAUUGUAAACUUUCCUUAUCCAGCUUUCACAUUCGCGUAUAGCUUAUUGCUGCUUGUUAUUUGAAGCUAUUGCUAUCUGACGCUGCUGGUAUUAACAUAGCUACUGAUAUUGCUAUUACUAUCGUUUAAUAAUUCCAUACUGGCAUUUCUAAAUCAUUAAUUGAUAUCUUUAGGUGAUACUCUUCCUUGCUAUUAAUUUUGCUGUCUUGCUAGUUUUCAUUUCAUCGUCGCCAUACCAAUACCUAAUUCAUUUUUAUUCUUCCAAUGAGUUUCAAUACUACUUCGCCUUUGGCUGUCGGUUACAAGAAUGCCCAACAGUAUCUCGAUAUCGAGACCUUUAUCACAAAGGCUCAAGAGACCUACUCGUCCUUAACAUGGAUCCAAUUGAUCUUUUCGGUUAUUGCUAUUAUCUUAUCGUAUGACCAGAUCAUGUACCAGAUCAGGAAAGGGUCUAUUGCCGGUCCCAGAUUCAAGAUCUGGCCCAUCAUUGGUCCCUUCUUGGAGUCUUUAGACCCUAAGUUUGAAGAAUACAAGGCCAAAUGGGAUUCCGGUGAAUUAUCGUGUGUUUCUAUUUUCCACAAGUUUGUCGUUAUUGCAUCUUCCAGAGACUUGGCCAGAAAGAUUUUGGCUUCCCCCAAGUACGUCAAGCCUUGUGUCGUAGAUGUAGCCAUCAAGAUCUUGAGACCUACCAACUGGGUCUUCUUAGAUGGUAAACAACAUACCGACUACAGAAGAUCGUUGAACGGUUUAUUCUCGCAAAAGGCCUUGGAGAUCUACAUUCCUGUCCAGGAAAAGUACAUGGAUAUCUACUUAGACAAGUUCACCAAGUUUGAUGGACCAAGAGAAUUCUUCCCCGAGUUCAGAGAAUUGUUGUGUGCCUUGUCGUUGAGAACUUUCUGUGGUGACUACAUUACCGAGGAACAAAUUGCAUUGAUCGCUGACAACUACUACCGUAUCACCGCUGCCUUGGAGUUGGUCAACUUCCCCAUUAUCAUUCCAUACACCAAGACUUGGUACGGGAAAAAGAUUGCUGACGACACCAUGAAGAUCUUUGAAAAGUGUGCUGCUAUGGCAAAAGUACACAUCAACGAAGAGGCUGGUAAACCAGCUUGUGUCAUGGACGAGUGGAUUUACUUGAUGAAGGAUGCCAGAGAAAAGCACUCUGAGGAUCCUGAAGCCAAGUUGUUAAUUCGUGAAUUCUCCAAUAAGGAAAUAUCUGAAGCCAUCUUCACCUUUUUGUUUGCUUCUCAGGAUGCCUCAUCGUCUUUGGCCUGUUGGUUGUUCCAAAUUGUGGCUGACCGUCCCGAUGUUGUAGAAAAGAUCAGAGAGGAACAAUUGGCUGUUCGUAACAACGACCCUUCUGUGCCUUUGUCGUUAGACUUGAUCAACGAAAUGUCGUACACAAAUAACGUCGUCAAGGAAUCGUUACGUUACCGUCCUCCAGUCUUGAUGGUUCCUUACGUAGUCAAGCAAAGCUUCCCUGUAACCGAAACAUACACCGCUCCAAAGGGCUCUAUGAUCAUUCCAACCUUGUACCCAGCCUUGCACGACCCAGAAGUGUACGAAGACCCAGACACAUUCAUUCCUGAAAGAUGGGAAAAUGCUACUGGCGACAUGUACAAGCGUAACUGGUUGGUUUUUGGAACGGGUCCACAUGUCUGUUUGGGUAAAAACUACGUGUUGAUGUUGUUUACCGGUAUGUUGGGUAAGUUUGUCAUGAACGCCGACUUGAUCCACCACAAAACUGCUUUGUCCGAGGAAAUCAAGGUGUUUGCUACCAUUUUCCCCAAGGACGACUUGAUUAUGGAAUGGAAAAGUAGAAACCCCUUGGAAGCUUAAGUUUGAAAGCUUCGAAGAAGCAAACUUCAUUACCAAUAAAAGAUACAGCAACCAUUUUCAUUCUUCGAGUCUUAAUAAAUCUUUAACUCUUCAGAAGUCUUGGGCUUCAACUUUGUAGCUUACGUUUUGGAGCCAACAUUUCAUACAUUUAGACUGCCCAGCAGAAGAUGUGCUCCUUUUGUAUUUCAUUUCAUAGUUAAUAUAUUGUUGUAUGAUUUC